AUGGGCAUCAAAAUGGAGGGAGAUUCUUCACCACUACAGCAGCCGGCUUCGCAGGACGAGGACAUUCACCUCCCUGACGCUCCAACUCCGUCGUUUGUGAACAGAAGUGAGGACAAUGCCAUGGCAAAGCCCUCCGAAGAGGGGCCUGUGGCGUUGGAAGAUUUGUUUGACGAUGAAGACGACGAUAUCGAGAGUGCUUUGCAAUCCUCGAGUGAAGCGAACAUGCCCUCCUCUCCGCCGCAAUCAGCUCCCGACUCGCUCGGCACGACUGUGACUAUACAGCAGGAGUCAUAUUCAGAUCCUAUUAUAAUGAAACAGUUCUACGCUCGACUUUUCCCCUUUCGAUCCCUUUUCCAGUGGCUCAACCACUCCCCCAAACCGGGUCCCGACUUCACGAAUCGAGAGUUCGCUUUGACCCUUUCGAACGACGCGUAUCUGCGAUACCAGUCAUACCCUACUGCGGACUUGUUGCGCAAGGACAUCUUGCGACACAUCCCUUCCCGGUUCGAGAUCGGGCCGGUUUAUACUACGAAUCCAAGCGAGCGGAAGACUCUAAAGAAAAGCUCCAUGUUCAGACCAUUGAGCAAGGAGAUUGUUUUCGACAUUGAUUUGACGGACUACGAUGACAUCCGCACAUGCUGUGAAAAGGCAAAUAUUUGUGCAAAGUGCUGGUCAUUUGCCACGAUGGCGAUAAAAGUCGUCGAUGUUGCACUGAGAGAAGACUUUGGCUUCGAACACAUCAUCUGGAUCUAUUCUGGACGUCGAGGCGUUCACGCUUGGAUCAGCGACAAAGAAGCCAGAGAACUGGACGACGACAAGCGCAAAGCGAUCACUGGAUACUUUGAAGUGCUGAAGGGAGGUGUGCAAGGUGGCAAGAGAGUAAAUCUCAAGCGACCACUCCAUCCUCACAUUGCCCGAAGCCUUGAGAUCUUGAAGCCGUACUUCCAACAGGUCUUGAUCGACCAGGAGCCCUUUCUGUCUCAGAAAGGGCAAGACCGCCUCCUUCAAUUGCUCCCGGACAAAGCACUGAACGAGGCCCUGGUCAAAAAGUGGUCAAGCAGCCCAGAUCGGCCCAGCAUCAGAAAAUGGGAAGACAUUGAUUCUCUGGCCAAGACUGGUGUCAGCAAGACCUUGGACACUAAGGCCUUGGUUGAAGCCAAACAGGACAUUCUCCUAGAGUAUACCUAUCCGAGACUAGACGUUGAAGUCGGCAAGAAGAGGAUCCAUUUGCUGAAGAGCCCCUUCGUCGUGCACCCUGGCACGGGACGAGUGUGCGUACCCAUCACAUCCGGUGGUGACAUGAGUCGCGCCGAAGCCUUUGAUCCGCUCUCCGUACCCAAGGUCACCGAACUGCUCAACGAAGUCGACCAAUUCGGCAACAACGACGCGCCUGACGCUCAGACAAAUGGAUACGUCGAGGACGGCGUGACCAUGAGAAAGCUAAAUGACUGGGAAAAGACCAGUCUCAAGUCCUAUGUCGAACUGUUUGAUGGAUUUGUCAAAUCCCUGCUCAAGAGUGAAAUGGUCCGCGUCAAAAGAGAACGAGACGAAGACGGCGUUACUGGGGCCGACGGAAUGGAAUUUUGA